UACUCAUAUAUUCUCUACUGACCUAAAGCAAUCCAAUCACUGUUCCAAUCAUAGUCCUUAUUGAGUAGACAAGCUCUUUUUACCUGGUGCCUUUUUCUUUCCUCCCCAUUUCCACCCUACUUUACUUCGCCAUUUCGGUACCAGUUAAUCCUUUGAUUCAUCUUUUAUUCCAGUAUAUUUGCAUUUCAUCAGAUUGUAUUAUAAUCAGGUUGAUUUUAAGUAAUAAUCCUUGAUUUUAAGUAAUAAUCCCCUUUUCUGUUACUAAUAUUCUGUCAUUGUUUUAAUUUUCAAAUACAACUUUAAUGCCAAACUCUCAAAAGUCCAACCUUUCUAUUGCUAUACAAAAGGCAGAAAACGAUCAAGAGGAACAACACCACCAUAAUCUCAACUCCCAUCUUCACCUGCAAUUUAUCAACACCCAAUAUGGCUUGCCCCUAAAUGAGGAGAAUACCAAAUAUAAUGAGAGCCAAUCGCCCCUUCCCAAUUUGAUUUCACAGUCGAUCCCAACUGUUGGAACUUCAUCCUCCUCUGCAAAGUCCUUUAAACCAGAUUUGUCUCCCAUUAAAACCACAUUUUCCGGGUCACUCUCCGAUAACAAUAAGAAUAGUUCCGUAAUAGACUACGAAGUAGAUGACAAUGUCAAUGAUGAUGAUGACAACGGCCAGGAGGAUGACGACGAUGAUGAUGACGACGAUGAAGAUGAAGAUGCGCCUUUGAACCCAGCCAACGAGGAAGAUUUGAAAGAUUACGUUCCCGGGGGUUACCAUCCUUGUUUCAUUGGUGAAAAUUAUAAAAACCAUAAAUAUACCUUGGUGAGAAAACUAGGCUGGGGUCAUUUUUCAACUGUAUGGUUGGCCCGUGAUAAUGACAAACAGUGCCAUGUUGCAAUGAAGAUAGUUAGAAGUGCUAAACAUUACACAGAUACUGCUGUUGAUGAAAUUAAAUUAUUGGAUAGAGUCACCACCUCUGAUAUUCAUCAUCCUGGUCACGAACAUGUGAUUCAAUUAUUGGAUACAUUCACUCAUGAAGGGCCAAAUGGGGUCCACGUAGUAAUGGUAUUUGAAGUUUUGGGCGAAAAUCUCCUUGGCUUAAUCAGAAAGUAUAAACAUCGUGGUAUCCCCGUCGUAUUUGUUAAACAAAUCGCCAAACAAUUGUUAUCUUCAUUGGAUUUCUUACAUCGCAAGUGCGGUGUCAUUCACACUGAUUUAAAACCAGAAAAUGUCUUGAUAGAAAUCGGCGAUGUAGAGCAAAUUGUUAGAAUGGUUGAACAAGAAGAAUAUCAAUCUAGAUUGGAGAAAAAAUUACGAAGAUCAAAAUCAAAGAAUUCAAAGUCUAGUACCGUCACACCAAGUUCAUCAUCUCAUAAUACUCCUCAAACUAAUAAAGUCACUGAUCAUAAUCCAAACUCUCUUUCAAAACAAUUGACUAAUUCUCCUUCUUUAGGUAGAUAUGGCCGUCGCUCAAGAAGACAAACCUUGAUUACGGGUUCUCAACCUUUACCAUCACCAUUAAGAACUUUUAGUAAGUCUUUUACUAAUGUAUAUGGCUUAUCCAGUUCAACAGCUAAUACUCCUAUCAAAUCAAGCUUCAGUCAUGAUAAUAGUUUCCAUACAAAUGGUGUUCCUGUUACCAAAUCUGAUUCACAUAGUACCGAUAAGCAAGAUACUUUGAAUAAUUCAUUAUCUUCGAUGUCUAUUUCUAAUAACACUACAACUGAGCCAGUUCAGAUUCCAUCUACUUUCGAUGAUAGUCAACAAGGAAAUGAAACUAACGACAGCUUAAUAAUCAAUGAAGAUGAAUUAAUUUCAGUUAAAAUCGCUGAUCUUGGUAACGCUUGUUGGACUCAUCACCAUUUCACUGACGAAAUUCAAACGAGACAAUACCGUUCACCUGAAGUUUUACUAGGAUAUCAUUGGGGUGCCUCUACUGAUUUAUGGUCCUUUGCUUGUUUAAUAUUUGAAUUAUUAACUGGUGAUUACCUUUUUGAUCCCAGAAACGGUAAGUCAUACACCAAAGAUGAUGACCAUAUUGCCCAAAUUAUCGAAUUAAUUGGUCCAUUCCCAAGAGCAAUGUUGAGAGAAGGUUACUAUACGAGAGAUUUUUUCAACUCAAGAGGUGAAUUGCAAAGAAUUCUGAAAUUAAAACCUUGGGGCUUAAAAGAUGUUUUGAUUGAAAAAUAUAAUUUUUCUGUCAGUGAUGGAAUUGAAAUUUCAGAAUUUUUAUUACCAAUGUUAUCAUUACAACCUGAGUCAAGGGCUGACGCUGGUGGUAUGGUGAACCAUCCUUGGUUAAAUGAUGCUCUUGGUUUAGAAAAUGUUGUUCUUGAAAGACCAGUUGGUGGUUCAGGUGAAGAUAUUCCUGGGUGGACUAAAGAAAUUAGCCAUGAAACCUCCCGUAAAUUUUACAAUCAAUACUCCCACGCUCACUGAUAGAAUAUAAACAUUCAUUUCUAAUUAAUUGAUUUAUGCUCAAUUGUAUUUUAAUGUAUUAAUAAUUACAACCAAUGACUUACUCUGUUAUUCAUUUUCUUUCAAUUCUGU